AUGGCAUCCAAUGUAACAGCUCAGACAGUGCUAGCAGAGAUAAGUCAGGAUCAUCUUGAAUGUCCAAUUUGCAGUGAACGCUUCAAGCAACCCAAACUACUGGAGUGUUCUCAUUCAUUUUGUCAUAAAUGCCUUCAACAACUCAGAGAGAAGGGUCCAAGCACUACAAGGCUUUCAUGCCCAAAUUGUAGACAAGAAACUCUGCUAAAAGAAAAUGGCAUUGAUGGUCUGAAAGCAGACUUUAAAACACUUUCUUUGAUAGAAGCUUUUGAAAAACAGGAAACCCAACUAAAACAACUUCUCGGGAAAGAAUUUGUUACCAAAUGUAGAAAGCAUACUGACAAAGAUCUUAUUAUGUUUUGUAACAAUUGCAACAAGUUGAUAUGCACAACUUGCAUUUCAAAAGACCAUCAAACCCAUUCUCUGAUUGAAAUUAAUGAAGCUUCAGAAAAAUGCAAACAAGGUGCCGAAGAACUUGCAGCAGAAUUAAGACAGAGAAUCAAAACCUACAACACUGCCAUUCAAGAAAUAGACAUGUCCCGUAAGACUUUAGACUCUAUGUUUGCUGCAACCAAAGAGAAAAUCUCCAAGAAAGCUGAUGAGGAGAUUGCCAAGGUGGCUACCAGGAUCAAAGAGGAGAAGCAGAAACUGAUGCAAGAAGCAGAACAGAUUUAUAAAGACAGAGUCAAGAUAAUGCAAACUGCACAAGCUACAAACAGCAAAGAGAAGAACAAAGCAGAGCACAAGCAGGAUGAGGUAAAUCAACUCAUGGAUCAACAGAUCAAGAUUACACAUCACAUAGAACAACUCUUACAAGACCUCAAGGAAUACAGAGAGAAGAAACCCACAAAAGUACCUGAUGGGUUGAGUUAUAUGGACUUUAAAGAAGGCCAGAACUCACUAGGGAGACUGGUGCUGAAAGAUGAACAACAAGUAGAAUCAGCAACUUCUGCUCAGGCUAGAAAGCCAACAUUUCAAUCCAUGAAACAAGAUAAAUGGACAUUAAAAACAGAAAUAAAUAAAUACAAGAACAUAAAACAACAGAUGGUGGAGAUUACUGCAUGUGAUGUUGCUGCAAACUCUAAUAGUGAUAUUGUUGUGGUAGAUUGGAAUAAUACCAGCUUGAUUACAAUACCAGCAGAGAGCAACCCUCAAUCCUAUAAUGUCUCACAAGAACUAUCAAUCCAAGGACUUACAGGACCAAGCAUAGUGACUGUGAAUAAGAAUGAUGAGCUCAUUGUUCUAGAUAGAGAAGCAGUCAAGAUCUUCAGCAGGAAUUAUCAGCUCCUCCAUCAGUUCAAUCCAGGCAGUAAACCAUCAUGUAUUGCAGUGGAUGACAACAAUCUGAUAGCAGAAGACAAUAAGUUAGUAUCAGUAACCUACAAUGGUGAAAUGGUGUUCUCAGUAGAUAUCAAUCAGUCUGGGUUGCUUAGUGGUGUGUGUUGUGACAAGGAUGGAAGCAUCUAUGUUGCUGUAUGGAGAGGACCAUCAGGUGGUAUCCAUCAUUACAGUCCUGAUGGCAAGUACAUUGAAUGUAUCAUCAAGGGUUGUGCUGCUCUCUAUGGUCUCACAUUCACACCUGCUGGUGAUCUGGCUGUGCCUACAGACCAUUCAGUUCAAAUCUAUCAGCAUGAGUAA